AUGAAAACCCUUGUUCCCGAACCCAUGGUUAUCUCGGACGAGGAGUAUAUAGCCGAAAGUCGUGAUCCAACACCAGAACCGACACCCGAAUACAUCGAAGGAGGAGACUCACCUACCCAUGGAAUUCUAAAAAAUGGUAAAGCACCAAAAGAAGAGAAAAAGAAACAUCUUGAUGGAGAGAUAUGGAGCGAAGAACGGGUCCCAGAUAUGCAAUUAGGCAGUAAGUCCUUGCUCAAGUGGGUAACUGAACCGACUUUGGUAAUCUCACAAAUUGAUUUAGAAUGCCGAUAUGUGCGAUUACAUGAUAAUGUAAAUUAUGUCGCAGCGGGUAUUAUAUUACGAGGUGAUGGUCCCAAUACAGAAGUACUCCUGAUUCAAGAAGCAAAAAAGACUUGUUAUGGAAAAUGGUACAUGCCUGCAGGACGAGUAGAAGCUGGCGAGACACUAGAGAAUGCUGUGAAACGAGAAGUGCGAGAAGAAUCUGGCUAUGAAUGCGAAGUUGUUGAAUUGUUAUCAUUAGAGGUCCAAGGCAGCGGAUGGUAUCGAUUUUCGUUUUACUGCGAAAUCGCGAGUAAGUUGACCUUCACAUGUUAGUU